CUUCCCCAAUCUACAGGAGCCAUUUUAACAGCUAAAACUUGUCGGAUUGCUUUUUAUUUUCAAGCCCAAAAGACGAUAGAGAAAGAAUACUUGAAGCUGCUCCUGCCUCACUGUUAGGAAUGAAGAAAGAGGAGAAAAUGCAGGAAUAACCACACACACUAUGAAAACGGAGAGUAUCCAGGUCUUAGAGGAAUGCCAAAACCCCACUGCAGAGGAAGUCUUGCCCUGGUCUCAAAAUUUUGACAAGAUGAUGAAGGCCCCAGCAGGAAGACACCUUUUCAGAGAGUUCCUCUGAACAGAAUACAACAAAGAGAACCUACUUUUCUGGUUUGCCUGUGAAGACUUAAAGAACAGAACAAAAAAGUAAUCAAAGAAAAGAGAGAAGGCUAGAAUGAGAAAUGAAGAUUACAUUUCUAUACUAUCACCAAAAGAGGCCAAGAAGCUUGAGAGAAGAAAAAUUUCAGGAAAAUUGUCUCAAUUUGACUAGAAUAUCAAUGAACCAGGAAAAUUGAAGCACCUUCCCUGAAGAAAACUUGGGUGUACAGUAACUCCACAGACAGAGCUGAGGGUUUUUUACCCAAAUCAGUCACUGGAUUUUGCUGCCUGAUACGUGAAUCUGUUUGGAAUUUUUCUCAUGUGGAUCUAAGGGGAAUGCUUUAUUAUGGCCGCUGUUGUCCAACAGAACGACCUAGUAUUUGAAUUUGCUAGUAACGUCAUGGAGGAUGAACGACAGCUUGGCGAUCCAGCUAUUUUUCCUGCCGUAAUUGUGGAACAUGUUCCUGGUGCUGAUAUUCUCAAUAGUUAUGCCGGUCUAGCCUGUGUGGAAGAGCCCAAUGACAUGAUUACUGAGAGCUCACUGGAUGUUGCUGAGGAGGAAAUCAUAGAUGAUGAUGAUGAUGACAUCACCCUUACAGUUGAAGCUUCUUGUCAUGACGGGGAUGAAACAAUUGAAACUAUUGAGGCUGCUGAGGCACUCCUCAAUAUGGAUUCUCCUGGCCCUAUGCUGGAUGAAAAACGAUUAAAUAAUAAUAUAUUCAGUUCACCUGAAGAUGAUAUGGUUGUUGCCCCAGUCACCCAUGUAUCCGUCACAUUAGAUGGGAUUCCUGAAGUGAUGGAAACACAGCAGGUGCAAGAAAAAUAUGCAGACUCACCGGGAGCCUCAUCACCAGAACAGCCUAAGAGGAAAAAAGGGAGAAAAACGAAACCACCACGAGCAGAUUCCCCAGCCACUACGCCAAACAUAUCUGUAAAGAAGAAAAACAAAGAUGGAAAGGGAAACACAAUUUAUCUUUGGGAGUUUUUACUGGCACUGCUCCAGGACAAGGCUACUUGUCCUAAAUACAUCAAGUGGACCCAGCGAGAGAAAGGCAUUUUUAAAUUGGUGGAUUCUAAAGCAGUGUCCAGGUUGUGGGGGAAGCACAAAAACAAACCUGACAUGAAUUAUGAGACCAUGGGAAGAGCACUCAGGUACUAUUACCAAAGAGGUAUUCUGGCAAAAGUGGAAGGUCAGCGCUUGGUGUAUCAGUUUAAAGAAAUGCCAAAAGAUCUUAUAUAUAUAAAUGAUGAGGAUCCAAGUUCCAGCAUAGAGUCUUCAGAUCCAUCACUAUCUUCAUCAGCCACUUCAAAUAGGAAUCAAGCCAGCCGGUCAAGAGUCUCUUCAAGUCCAGGGGUAAAAGGAGGAGCCACUACAGUUCUAAAACCAGGGAAUUCUAAAGCUGCAAAACCCAAAGAUCCUGUGGAAGUUGCACAGCCAUCAGAAGUUUUGAGGACAGUGCAGCCCACGCAGUCUCCAUAUCCUACCCAGCUCUUCCGGACUGUUCAUGUAGUACAGCCAGUACAGGCUGUCCCAGAGGGAGAAGCAGCUAGAACCAGUACCAUGCAGGAUGAAACAUUAAAUUCUUCUGUUCAGAGUAUUAGGACUAUACAGGCUCCAACCCAAGUUCCAGUGGUUGUAUCUCCUAGGAAUCAGCAGUUGCAUACAGUAACACUCCAAACAGUGCCACUCACAACAGUUAUAGCCAGCACAGAUCCAUCGGCAGGUACUGGAUCUCAGAAGUUUAUUUUGCAAGCCAUUCCAUCAUCACAGCCCAUGACAGUACUGAAAGAAAAUGUCAUGCUACAGUCACAAAAGGCAGGCUCUCCUCCAUCAAUUGUCUUGGGCCCUGCCCAGGUUCAGCAGGUCCUUACUAGCAAUGUUCAGACCAUUUGCAAUGGCACCGUCAGUGUGGCUUCCUCUCCAUCCUUCAAUGCUACUGCACCUGUGGUGACCUUUUCUCCUCGCAGUUCACAGCUGGUUGCUCACCCACCUGGCACAGUAAUCACUUCAGUUAUCAAAACUCAAGAAACAAAAACUCUUACACAGGAAGUAGAGAAAAAGGAAUCUGAAGAUCAUUUGAAAGAGAACACUGAGAAGCAGCCACAGCCUUAUGUGAUGGUAGUGUCCAGUUCCAAUGGAUUUACUUCUCAGGUAGCUAUGAAACAAAACGAACUGCUGGAACCCAACUCUUUUUAGUUAAUAUACCAAAGCUUAUGGAUGAUUGAUUGUUAAUUGAACAUUUUCAAUUAUAUGCAAACUGAUUGAUUCUAAGAUAAAGUCUAAGGAGGUUUCUAAUUUUGUAAUUGUUAAAAGAUAGUUAAUUUUGAUUUUGUUAGAUGAGGGAGGAAAACUCAACUGUUUCUCUUUGUUAUCUAAAUGUUUCAGAAUUCAGUCGUGAAGGAAAAGGCAUUUUACACUAUGAAGACAUUCUUUUGAGAUUUUUUUUUCAGUUGCUAUAUCAUAAGCAUUUUUAAAAUUUCUUUUCUAAUUUUACAUUGUAUUAGAUUUUCUGAUUCUUUUGUAAAUACAGAACUUAAAUAGAAGGCAACAGGAAAUUUAUAUAGGAACUAUUUUCAUUCCACUUGUAUAAGUUAAGUCUUGACUCUUUCAAAUGCAAAAACCUAUUUUAUGCUUUGUUAAAAUUAUGGUGUCUCUUAGAUUGACUUUAGUUGGCUGUACUAUAUAAUAUAGAACUAUGAAUAUGUAAAAUAACAUGAAAAAUUGGAGGUUCUGGUGGUGUGGCUGACCCUGUUUCAGAAGCAGGAUGGUAUAAAAGCAUCAGCCUAACUAAGAAUGGCACUCCCACUAACUCGCUAUGUAAUCUUGACCUCUUUGGGCUUUAGUUCUUCUCAUAAAAGGAAGAGAUGUGUUGGACUAGACUAGAUGAUCACCACUGUCUCUUCUAGUUCUAAUCUUUUUAUUUCUAAUACCUGUAUUUUCAAGUUAUGUCAAUUAAAUCAUUAUCAGGUUAUUUCCUAAUGUAAGAAUAGCUGAAAUGUUGCAGAGAAAUAAGUGACCCAACAAAAUUUAUUCAUCUAUUAUGGGUAAGAUCUGCCAUAAAUUCUUCCUAAAGAAUUUGUUUACUAACUCUUUAAGCCACUGUGCUUUGCGGUCCAUUAGUAAACUUGUGUUGCUAAGUGCUAAACAGAAUACUGCUAUUUUGAGAGAGUCAAGACUCUUUCUUAAGGGCCAAGAAAGCAACUUGAGCCUUGGGCUAAUCUGGCUGAGUAGUCAGUUAUAAAAGCGUAAUUGCUUUAUAUUUUGGAUCAUUUUUUAUUGGGGGUGGACUUGGGGGGUUGCAUACAAAGAUAACAUAUAUAUCCAAGUUUCUGAAAUGAAAUGUUUUUAGAUUACUUUUUCAACUGUAAAUAAUGUACAUUUAAUGUCACAAAAAAAUUGUCUUCUGCAAAUUUUCUAGUAUAACAGAAAUUUUUGUAGAUGAAAUCAUUAUGUUUAGAGGUCUAAUGUUAUGUUUUCAUAUUACAGAGUCAAUUUGUAUUUAAACAAAAAUUUAAAUUUUGGAAUCCUCUAAACAAUUUUGUAUCUUUAAUUGGUUUAUUAUUAAAUAAAUCAUAUAAAAAUUCUCA